GCGGGCGUCACGUGAGCGGGGCGGGCGGCGGCAGGAGGGGGGCGAUGGCGGCGCACCUCAGCUCCGGGCGCGUCAACCUGACGGCGCUGCGGGAGGCGGGGCGCAGGGAGCUCCGCGAGUUCCUCGACAAGUGCGCGGGGUCCAAGGCCAUCGUGUGGGACGAGUACCUGACGGGGCCCUUCGGGCUGAUCGCGCAGUACUCCCUGCUCAAGGAACAUGAGGUGGAAAAGAUGUUCACGCUGAAGCCGGGCCGCCUGCCCCAGGCGGACGUCAAGAACAUCAUCUUCUUCGUCAGGCCCAAGCUGGAGCUGAUGGCCAUCAUUACGGACAACGUGCUCAGGGAAGACAGAGGCCGUUCUCCCCAGAGGGACUUCCACAUCCUCUUCGUGCCGCGCCGCAGCCUGCUGUGCGAGCAGUGGCUGAAGGAGCAGGGCGUGCUGGGGUCCUUCAUCCACCGAGAGCAGUACAGCCUCGACUUGAUACCCUUUGAUGGAGACCUGCUCUCCAUGGAGUCCGAGAGCGCAUUCAAGGAAUGUUAUCUGGAGAGUGACCAGACAAGUCUGUACCAUGCGGCGAAGGGGCUGAUGACGCUGCAGGCUCUCUAUGGAACCAUCCCACAGAUUUUUGGGAAGGGUGAAUGUGCCCGGCACGUGGCUAAUAUGAUGAUCAGGAUGAAGCGUGAGUUCCCUGGAAGCCAGAACUCAAUAUUUCCCGUCUUUGAUACCCUCUUGUUGCUGGACCGCAACGUUGAUCUGCUGACGCCAUUAGCUACACAGCUGACGUACGAAGGGCUAAUAGAUGAAAUCUAUGGAAUUCAGAACACUUACGUGAAACUCCCUCCUGAGAAGUUUGCCCCGAAGAAGCAGGGUGAGGGUGGGAAAGAUCUCCCCACAGAACCCAAGAAGCUCCAGCUGAACUCUGCUGAAGAGCUGUACGCUGAAAUCCGAGACAAGAACUUCAAUGCUGUGGGGUCAGUGCUGAGCAAGAAAGCCAAGAUCAUCUCAGCAGCCUUUGAGGAAAGACACCAUGCAAAAACCGUUGGAGAGAUUAAGCAGUUUGUCUCACAGUUGCCACACAUGCAGGCAGCAAGGAGUUCCCUAGCAAACCACACCUCCAUUGCAGAACUCAUCAAAGACAUCACCACAUCUGAAGAUUUCUUUGAUAAUUUAACAGUGGAACAAGAGUUCAUGUCUGGAAUAGACACAGACAAGGUUAACAAUUACAUUGAAGACUGCAUAGCUCAAAAACAUCCAUUAAUCAAGAUUUUACGUCUCGUUUGCUUGCAAUCUGUAUGUAAUAGCGGACUGAAGCAGAAGGUUCUGGACCAUUACAAAAGGGAGAUUCUCCAGACUUAUGGCUAUGAACAUAUAUUGACCUUAAACAACUUAGAAAAGGCUGGACUCCUGAAACCUCAGGCAAGUGGUAGGAACAACUACCCAACGAUCAGGAAAACCCUGCGCUUAUGGAUGGAUGACGUUAAUGAACAGAACCCCAACGAUAUCUCCUACGUGUACAGUGGUUACGCUCCGCUGAGCGUGCGCCUGGCACAGCUGCUGGCGCGGCCAGGGUGGCGAAGCAUAGAGGAGGUUUUAAAGAUGCUGCCGGGUCCCCAUUUUGAGGAGAGGCAACAGUUACCUACUGGCCUUCAGAAAAAGCGUCAACACGGUGAGAACCGAGUCACUCUAGUAUUCUUCCUGGGAGGCGUAACAUACGCAGAAAUUGCUGCACUGAGAUUUCUGUCCCAAAUGGAAGAUGGAGGCACAGAGUACGUCAUUGCCACUACAAAACUGAUCAAUGGAACAAGUUGGAUCAAAUCCUUGAUGGAAAAACUGGAGCCUGCUCCUUUCUAGGGUCUGUGCCAAGAGACAAUAGAAGUGAGAGGCCCUGUGCGAUGCAGGCCCAUCAGCUUCUCUUCUGGCACGGCUGCUCGAAUGUCAAGAGAAAGACGACAAUGGAGGAAGCGCUCCUGAGACCAGCUCAUGAUGCAGCUACCCUCAUCCCUCUCUGCACUUGUGUUCCUGCUGUUUGUGGACCUUCCUAGUAGGCAAGCAGUGCUGAAAGGCACUAACAAUGAAAUAAACGAUGGGAGAAAGAGAUUCCCUGCUUGUGGUCUGAAUUGACAAACAAGUGCUCGUGUAGCAGGGAUCUACCCUUGUCCUUUUAUUUGGCAAAUUGCUUCUCUUUUUUCCUUUCAGUUUAGUUUUAGUGGGUGAUACGAUUACUUCUUUUUACCCUCCUAAGGUGCUGAGGAAGCAGGAUGUUUGCAGUUCCUGAUUUCAUAUCACUCUUCCCAGUCUGUUUGUUUUUCUCUAGUGCCUAAUACAUUCCAUCAAUGCACUGGAUCUGUUAAGUCAGAGCUCUCUACUCAGCUGCACCCCUGCUGUACCCAGGAUACAGUUUCCUGCUCAUUUUUCUGAUGAAAGGCAAGGAACUCGUGUUUCCUCCAGCUCCAGCACAUUAACAUCAACAAGCAGGUGCAGGGGCCAGGCCACAGUAGCUGAAUUUUCAUAUAGCUUUGGAAGCUGAUUGUACAAUGGAAAAAACUGCUGUAAAGGGGAAGCAGUACCUCUUUUUACUGCAUAGGUUUAGAAACUUCAUGGCUCUUGAGUGUCCAGAAUAAUACACCCAUGGGACCUGCUUUGCCGGCACUGUACUGUUACACGCUGUCUGUCACGGUUAGUUGCCUGUAGACCCCACUCAAGUCCACUGUCUUGCAUGCUUUGGCCAAGGUAGUCACUGGGUUUCAUGCAGCAACAGCUAAACCUUGAACUACCCAUGUGCAUGUCAACCGUACUGAUUACAAAUACAAUGAACGGCACCUGAAUUACAAGAGAGAUGCUUGAGCCUUUUACUUCAAUUGCCCUCUGAAGGGAGUGGUGGGAGGUGGCUUGUUUGUCCUGGGUACACCCACCUGAUGCUGGAAAGCUACUCUGGAGUAUGAAUUACAGCAGUGUGUCAAGAGCUUAUGUUUGAAGACACACACACUCCCCACGUGGGACUCAGGCCAAAAAUAGCUAUGUCAGGGAUCCAGUAAACAGCCGGUUUAAAACAGACACUUUUUUUUCACCCCACCCCCUUCAGUUUAUAAAUUGUGGUACUUGCUGCCACAAAGCUGUUGUAGAGCUCAAGAUUACGAAACGGAAUUUUCCAUGGUCUUGGUGGCUGGGCUCUUGGUGUUGCUGAGCAAGAGGCAACUGCUGGCUCCAGAAGACUCAGCCUUGCUAGCUCCUAGAGGCUGGGAAGGCAGACAUGGGGCUGUUGCUUAUGUCUGUGCAGCUGACCCCCGCCAGAGCCUGUGCUGCUGCGCCCUCAGCUCUUUCUAUGGUCACUGUCACUAUACUUGCUUGCUUCAACAGCAGCCACUAGGAACACUGUUUUGCACUGCCGUUAACUCUUAAAAACAAAAAAAACCCAAAACCUCAAAAAAAACACACCCCACACCUUAAAUCACUCUCUUGGCAAAUAUUUCUGCUCUUAGUUAUCCUGCAUAAUAUGUCCCAAAAAAACCCUUCCUUCGGUUUUCCAAGUUGUUAUGACUGUGGGUUUCAGGCUGUUGUUUUGUAAGACUGAGUUCCGCCAAAUCAGCCCCUUUACACCGCGCCUCCAGUUGGCUUAGCAUGAAAUAAAAAUGUAUUUGAUCUUUUUUUUUUUGAAAGU